GUGUGGAAUAUGUGUCGCCAGAAAUUUCUAUUCUCUCUUAAUCAGCAUGUCAAUUGGGUUAGGUGUUGCAGAUUUUCUCCUGAUUCCCGAGUUAUCGCCUCUUCUUCGGAUGACAAAACUGUGAAACUAUGGUCCGUAGAGAAUCAGCAAUGCAUUCAUACAUUUAACGAAGUCACUGGCUUUGUUCCUCAUUUUGACUUCCAUCCAAGUGGCAAUUGUCUUGCGACUGGCAGUACAAAUAUGUCCAUAAAAUUAUGGGAUUUGAGGAUGAAUCGGCUUCUUCAACAUUACGGAACACAUACUGGUCCCGUCAAUAAGGUGUGUUUCCAUCCAUCUGGCUACUUCCUUCUAUCUGCUUCAGAGGAUGGAACUCUCAGAAUAUUUGAUUUAGUUGAAGGAAGUCCUUAUUAUACUGUAUUUGGUCACAAAGGGUCAGUAACUUCAAUUGCGUUCUCAAGCACGGGCGAGAAUUUUGCAUCAGGGGGUUCAGAUGAACAGUAUUUAUAA